AUGUCUCUUCGAAAAGCAUUAACUUUGGAAGAAAAAAUUACUUUAAUCAAGGAUAAUCAAAAUGGUCAUGGUUUAUCAGUUCGCGAGUUGGCUGAUAAAUAUAAAAUAUCAAAAAGUAGUGCUGCCAAUAUUCUUCGUCGAAGUGAAGAAUUUUUAGCUGAUUAUUCUUCUAAUUGUAAUAAAGGUGUUAAACGCAAACUCAAGGACGAAAAUGGACAAAAAAUUGAUGAACUUGUCUUCGAAUGGUUCACUCAACAACGUGCUAAACAGAUUCCUAUUUCUGGUCCCAUUUUACAAGAAAAAGCAAGGCAAGUCGCUGAACAAUUGGUUUAUGCGUCGGAAACAUUUAAAGCAUCAAAUGGUUGGCUUGAAAAGUUCCGCAAUCGUCACGCUAUUUCAUUUCGAACAAUUAAUGGUGAAAGUGCUUCGGUGAACAAUUCUACAAUAGAGGAAUGGGCACAGCGACUUUCAACAAUAAUUGCUGGAUUCAAUGAAAACGAUGUGUUCAAUGCAGAUGAAACUGGUUUAUUCUAUCGUGCAACACCUAAUCGUUCAUUGGUCUUAUCCAAGGAAGAAUGUAAAGGUGGAAAGAAGAGCAAAGAAAGGCUUACAGUUUUAUUGUGUUCGAAUUUGACGGGGACGGAAAAAUUAAAACCAGUGGUAAUCGGCAGAAGUCAACAUCCUCGUUGCUUCAAAAAUAUUACUACGUCAAAACUACCUGUCACCUGGCUGUCAAAUCGAACUGCUUGGAUGACCUGUAACUUAUUUACUGACUGGCUCAUCACCAUCAAUAAUCAAAUGAAAAAAAAACAAUCGAAAAAUUCUUAUUUUCCUCGACAAUGCUCCAUGUCACUUAAACAUAUAAUUGCUCAAUGUACUCUAGCUCAAACUGCUGAUCAAAUAUCAAUUACUGUCUUAGAUGCAAUUAAAUGGAUCGAUUUAUCAUGGAAAAAUGUUACGGAAAAUACAAUUAAAAAUGGUUUUCGUGCUGCUGGUUUUAUUCAUUCUUUUUCUACAUCUUCGUCGUCUAUGGUGGAUAUGGAUAUUAUUGUUGAAGCUAAUAUAGAAUUGAACAAUUCUGAUAAUCCUCUACAACAACUUGAUUCAUUAUUGGCUCAUAUUCGUAUUGGUGGUCCACAGUUACCAGCUGUCGAGUUUGUGGACAUUGAUUCCUGUAUUCCAACAUUUAAUGAAUGGGACGAUCAUGAACAUCUCAAAACUUAUAUCCAAGUUACUCAAGAUGAUAAUGAAGAAGAAGAAGAAGAAGAAGAAGCUUUAGUAGAACAACCACCAAAUUUAUCUGAAGCACUCGAAAUGAUGAGAAAACUUCAUCUUUUUGCUUCUAUCAAACAACCUCAAUUACACAAUCUUAUAUCUGAUCUAGAAUUGCAAUUAACUGACAUUUACCUUUAUUCAGAAGCAGUUAAACAAAGUACUAUUACAGACUAUUUUUCUCAUUGCUGA